AUGCAAGGUAUGAACAGUACCCAGGUCACAUUUUUCCUCCUUCUUCAACUCUGGGACUCCCCUGCUGGGCGUAUUGCUUUCAUUAUGCUAUUCACUAUUAUUUAUGUCCUAACAUUGUCUGGAAACCUCAUCAUCAUCAUUAUCUGCAGGUUUGAGAAGAACCUCCACACACCAAUGUAUUUUUUCCUCAGUCAUCUUGCUGCUUUGGAAAUGUGCUACAUUUCUGUCACUGUUCCCAAAAUGCUUCACAGUUCAGUAACUGGCAAUAGUUCUAUUUCAUUUGUAGCUUGCCUUACCCAGCUGUACUUUUUUGGAUCACUUGGAUCAACCGAAUGUUUUCUACUUGCUAUAAUGGCUUAUGAUAGGUUUUUAGCAGUCUGCAAACCUUUACAUUAUCACUCCCUCAUGACCUCCUGGAUCUGCAACUGCUUGGUGAGUUGCUGUUGGUCAUCAGGUUUCAUAUCCACCAUGUCUUCUAUUCUCUUCAUCUCUGCAUUGCAGUUUUGCGGCCCUGACCAUAUACAACAUUUCUUCUGUGACAUCACACCACUUCUCAGACUUUCGUGCACUAAUGUGCAUCACACAGAGUUGCUUAUCUUUCUCCUGGCUUCUCUUAUACUGGUGGGAUCCUGUAUAAUCACCUUGCUAUCGUACUUCAGAAUACUGACCACUGUACUGGCAAUAUCUUCAGGAAAGGCAAGGAAAAAAGCUAGUUCAACAUUUACAUCACAUCUUACUGUGGUCACAGUUUACUACAGCACAAUGAUCUUUGUCUAUGUAAGGCCAACUACUAGUGGAUUUUCUGGUUUCAACAAGAUUCUGGCCGUUCUUUACACAAUCUUAACUCCAUUGCUUAAUCCUUUUAUUUAUUCCUUAAGAAACAAAGAGGUCCAGUCAGCUCUUAAAAAAUUAAAGAAUAGGGCAAACCUAUAUAUAGAUUGCUUUUCUCUGUUCAGUAAAAUAAAAUAG